GAUCUAUAAAAGCUGGUAACAUUUUUGAUGCUACCAAGCUAAUCAUGGGUGAUGUACCCGAAAUUGUGGAAUUCAAAGAGAGGUACAACUCCCACCCAAGGCCAAGCGAUUCAUCAUUCAAAUACGUGAGGCCCUAUAUUUCUAAUGUUCGUGAUGAUUUGGAGUCGGGAAUUUCUCCAUUCAUAGGCUUAGCUGAUUUUUUGAAAGCUAAUGAGGAAAAGAAUUUUUGGAUAUAUGGAAACAUCAUUGACGUAUCGGAUAAUUGGUACUUCAAAUCGUGCCCCAAUUGUGUUCGGAAAGUGGAGCCGAAAGAAGAUAAAUUUUGGUGCAAUUAUUGCAAGGACUCGAUUCCUUUUGCGAUACUUAG